UAAUCAAGAUUAUUUGAUUUUAUAUCAAAUAGUAAAUUAUUAAUUUAGGACAGGGUUUUUAAUGUUUGGAAGUUGGGCCGAAGUGUACACAAGGUAUUACUUCAGGAAUAUACAAAGAUGUAUUACGAGUCAAACUGCGUACGAGUUAAUCAUAAAUGUGCACCGGAAGUUAUCCCCCUUUUCGAACCAGCAAAUUGUUGAAACCAGACGCUUUUUUCUACACUAAGUAAUCAAAGGCCAUCACGUCCACAGAACCGAAAUUAUGCCACCAGUUAGAACGUCAGUGACCAAAAGAGCGUCCAGGAAGCGGAGGGAGACUAUAGGAACCCCAUCGAGAGGCAGAGGGCACCGGUGCAGGCAAAGCACUAGGCCCAGGACAAAUCUCUCGCCAACACGCCGGGCCACCGCCGAGGCAACAGGCGCAGAUGGAAUUCCUGCACUUCCUCUGCCAUCCGAUACUAUACAACCAACGUUGACACCACAAAUAGAACAAAGCAUCCCUGGAAUCCCCAGUGGAAGCGGUACCCCACCCAUUUGGAUAAUGGGAUCAUCAAUUCCAUUCUGGGCAGGCCAUCAUGCUGCAACCUACCGAUCAGGGGGAAAUAACCUUAAUUUACCUGCCACAAUUACUUGUUAGGGCAGAGGGGUAUGCAUUGGUAUCAGUUAGACAAGGCAGUUUCUGAUUAUUUACUUCAGUAUUCUACACCCAAAUUUCUAUUGAUACACCUUGGAUCUAAUGAUUUAACAACACCAGAUUUAACAAGCAUCAAACUGAUUCAUCAAAUACAGUGCAGCCUGUAUCACUAUAACAUACUUCUUCCAAGUUCCACUUUAAUCUUUUCCUCAAUGUUACCUAGGCUGUACUGGCAUGGUGCCCCUCCAACAGCAGGUGCAAAAAUAACAAGAAACGACUCAAAGUUAACAAGUCUAUCAAAAAGUUUAUAACUACUGAAGUAAAUGGCUGUUACAUAAACAAUGAAUCAACCAUUAAAAUCUCGGAAAUACAAUUGUUCAGGCAUGAUGGUACCCAUUUGUCAAAAACUGGUCUUGAGGUUUACCUUAAUAACCUGCAGUCUGCUCUACACAUGUUUUUAAACAAGAGAACCAAUGUAAUUGUAUAUCCUCCAAAUUAACUCAAUGUUUUAUUUCAAGUACUUAAUUUUUGUGGGGGGACAUAGUGUCUAUGUCCUGUGGCGGGGACUGGGGGAUACUUUUGUGUAUGUUGGGAUCAAGUGGCCCCAUAACCUGGUUGUCUCCCCACCCUGCCUCAAAGCAGGGGGGCGUUUUGGUAUGUGAUACAUAAGUACAUGUAGCACAUAAGUUGUCUAAAGUAACAUUAUAUGGUAACAUCCGUGGUUCAUGGCCUGUCAUGGCUGGUUCCACCUCCACCUCGCACAAGUGGGGGGAGGCCACAGUCUGGUAAAGUAAAUGGGUACACCAGGUGGCGCUGGAGACAGGGAGAAGGGCAGUCCCGCAUUCACUGGUCCAGAACGUGGUGACCGUUCGGAUCGGGCACUUGUGCUUACACUCGGCCCCCUAUGUGCCCAUUGUUAUUUUGGUACAUUUGUAGGUAUCCCCCGUCCCCCACAAAAAAUUGCGGCCUUUUUAUCUCCAAUUACGUUGAUUGUAACAAAUGUGUGUUUUUGUGCUAAAAGUAUCAAUAAUAAAGUGAUAAACUGAA